UUAGUGUUACAAGGUCUCAGGUGUGAAUGGGGAGCAGGUGUGGUAAAUUUGGUAUUAUCGCUCUCACUCUCUCAUACUGGUCACUGGAAGUUCAACAUGGCACCUCAUGGCAAAGAACUCUGUGAGGAUCUGAAAAAAAGAAUUGUUGCUUUAAAUAAAGAUGGCCUAUGCUAUAAGAAGAUUGCCAAGACCCUGAAACUGAGCUGCAGCAUGGUGGCCAAGACCAUAUAGCGGUUUAACAGGAUAGGUUCCACUCAGAACAGGCCUCGCCAUGGUCGACCAAAGAAGUUGAGUGCACGUGCUCAGCGUCAUAUCCAGAGGUUGUAUUUGGGAAAUAGACCUAUUAGUGCUUCCAGCAUUGCUGCAGAGGCUGAAGGGGUGGGGGGUCAGCCUGUCUGACCUAUGGCUGGCCAUACAUUAUACAAUUUUCUUGAGAUUUUUGGCUUAGAUUUACAAAAAACCAUAUGAUAGGAGGUCA